GGUCCUCACAGUCAGUGACGUAAUUCCCCAGCGACUGAGACAUAUUCAAAACAUUAAUCCGUUUGAUAUUUGGGUAUUACAAUCGCAUUUUCUCCAGGAGCUUAAACAUAAUGGCAUUGGAAACGGUCCCCAAAGACCUUCGCCAUCUGCGUGCCUGCCUUCUCUGUUCUUUAGUGAAGACCAUUGACCAGUUUGAAUACGACGGAUGUGACAACUGUGAGUCGUACCUUCAGAUGAAGGGGAACCGAGAGAUGGUUUAUGAAUGCACAAGUUCCUCGUUUGAUGGCGUAAUAUCCAUGAUGAGUCCUGAGGACAGCUGGGUAGCUAAAUGGCAGAGGAUAGGCAACUUCAAGCCAGGCGUAUAUGCAGUGUCAGUGACAGGAAGACUACCUCCAGGUGUGGUGAGAGAGUUGAAAAGCAGAGGAGUGAUCUACAAAUCCAGAGAUACAGCAGUGAAGUCAUAAACCUGGCUGCUUCCAGUUGUCUGACUAGCCACACCAGAGCAGUAUCCUACUGCAGCACCAACUCCUGGAAGACAUAACAACAGCGGGACUCAAUUUGAUCAUGUCUGUGAUGUCUUAUGGGAUUGCCCUCCAACUGUUCAAUUUUUGUUUGUUGUGAUUGGAAAUAUUAGCAUGCAUGCUUACAUGGGGAGAAGUGGAUGUCUUUUAUUUCUUUGAUUAAUUAAGAAAAAAAUAAAGGUCUGUUUUUAUUAGAAAUGUGAGUAUUUGUUUUUAGCACAGUAACCCGUAAACACAGUGAGAUUUGUUGAUUCAGGUACAAGCAGUGUGUUAUUCAGUAGACAGUGAAAUGCUGUGGGUUUCAGAUCGUUCCCAGUGCCAAAGAUGAUACAGCACAAUUCCAGUUCCCCUAGAAAAUGACCCUAAAAACAGCUUCCCAAAAGUCCAUGAAAAAAAACUGCAAAAAACAAAGCUCGUCAAAGUCCACUGUGUACAGUAUUCAAUAACUAGUUUGCUCAAUACAACAAAUUGGUGUAUAGAGUGUAUAUGACAUGAAGACACUGAACAUUGUUCAGAAAGUUCUUUGUAUUCACAGAGAAAUCCCCCUAGUGUAGCUACUGAACAAGCGACUGAUUGGAAACCCCACAGAGGAGGAACUGAACAGUUUAUCAUUUCUGUUUUGAACAAAUACUAAUAAAACAUCCUUGUAUUA